CUUCCUCGUCGUUCCUAUCGCCAUUCCGCUUGCUUUUUGCGCCACUGUAUCACCCGUAUCACCGCCGUUCUGAUAAGGCUGCUUCAUUGCAGUCCGCCCGCAUAGACAACAGAUAGCGCAAGUUCCAUCACAUUAGACUUUUCACCGCCUAACGAACUCCCCGCUUCCUCCCCUCGCCCAACAUGGACACCCCCACAUCAAUGGCCAACGGCGUCAAGAACAAGCUCCUCGACACCGUCAUCCGCACCCCCGGCCGCGAGCCCUCGCCUCAGCCCACGCAUUUGAGCGUUCCCGGCUCGUCGCAACACCGCGUACUACACGAAGAAGGCCCCGGCUAUGUCGCGCCCAAGUUCGAGGGCAAGGAGCAGCAGAUGGAGACGGUCAUGGACCAGAUUGAGGAGAAAGGCUUCAUACCAGCUGACUUCGUCGAAUCCGAGACGAAAUGGUUCUACACCGAUCUGGGCAUCGAUGACAGCUACUUUUCCACCGAGACGGUAGAAGCGAUUGUCAACCACAUCCACUCAUUAUACGCUGCCAAGAUCGCUGCAUACGCCCGCGAUGACAAGCGGAUAGAAAUCCGGUUGGACAAGGAGGCUGUGGACCACGCCGUCUACAUCGACACCAGCAAGCCUGGUGUCAGCUUGGUAGAGGGUCCCCAGUAUGAGCGUCGUAUUGACCACAAGUACUUGAAUGGCGCACCUGGGAGCAACGUGUACCGCGUGGAGACCUUCCGCUCCGCAGGUAUGCUCCCGGGUGGCCAGGAGCAACAGCUCCGGUGCUACUUUGUGUACCAAUGUGACUUUGCGGAUCCCAACCCUGGCGCGGGAGAGACGUCGAUCGAGAAAAUUGGCGAAAAGCGUUUCUUGCAGAAGGCCACGACCAACACCAAGGAGAUCUACCAGCAGGCGAUCAUGAACGCCGUUGCGCGGACAGGUCCUGUCAUCGAAACCUUUGACAUUGAGGGAUCUCGGGAGAAGCGCCUCGUCAUUGCGUUCAAGCAGGGUUCUGCGCUAGGCCUGUUCAGCGCGCUGAGUGACUUGUAUCACUACUACGGACUGACUUCGUCUCGUAAAUACGUGGAACAAUUCUCGAACGGCUACACGGUGAUGUCCCUCUACUUGCGCCACGCGCCCCAGACUGUCUCCAGUCAACGAUACCCCCCGAUUGAGGCAUCUAUCCACCAGAUUAUAAAGGAAGUUUCUCUGUUGUAUUGUAUUCCUCAGAACAAGCUUCAAACACAUUUUGCGUCAGGCAAGCUCAGCUUACAGGAGACGAUCUAUGCUCACUGCGUGUGGGUAUUCGUUGGUCAUUUCCUCAACCGACUGGGCUCGGAGUACACGACAUUGUCUUCCAUACUCGACACAGGCAACAGUCUGCACGCUGAGCUCCUUUCAAAGCUUAAGCGGCGUCUUCGCACCGAGACUUUCACGUCGGACUACAUCCUUGAAAUCAUCCGCGAAUACCCUGAGCUGAUUCAUUCUCUGUACCUCUCCUUCGCCAACGCGCAUUACGUCCAAACCAGGGGCGAGCAAGAUGAUUUCAUUCCCACUCUGAGCUACAUCCGGAUGAAGGUUGACAAAGUCCUGGACGACUCGGAGCUCGAGGAGAUGAUAAGCAAAUCCGUUGCCAACGAGCACCAUGCUAUAGUCAUGACGGCUUUCCGCAUUUUCAACGCCAGUGUGCUGAAAACCAACUUCUACACGCCAACCAAGGUUGCUCUGAGCUUCAGACUGAACCCGAGCUUUUUGCCUCAGCAAGAGUACCCUCAACCUCUCUACGGCAUGUUCCUGGUUAUCAGCUCAGAGUUCCGCGGUUUCCACCUUCGUUUCAGGGAUAUUGCACGUGGAGGUAUCCGCAUUGUCAAGUCCAGAAGCCAAGAGGCUUACGCCAUCAACGCUCGCUCCAUGUUUGACGAGAACUACAACCUUGCCAACACUCAGCAGAGGAAGAACAAGGAUAUUCCUGAAGGCGGCUCUAAGGGUGUUAUUCUGCUGGACGUUCGCCACCAAGACAAAGCCCGAGUGGCUUUCGAGAAGUACAUUGACAGUAUCCUGGACUUGCUGCUUCCUCCCAGCAGCCCUGGUAUCAAGGACCCCAUUGUUGAUCUUCACGGCAAACAAGAGAUUCUGUUCAUGGGUCCGGAUGAAAACACGGCUGAUCUGGUCGACUGGGCCACAGAGCAUGCUAAGGAGAGAGGCGCACCGUGGUGGAAAUCAUUCUUUACUGGCAAGAGCCCGAGGUUGGGCGGUAUUCCCCAUGACCGUUAUGGAAUGACAACCUUGUCCGUCCGCGAGUAUGUCAAGGGUAUCUACCGCAAGCUCAACCUCGACCCGAGCAAGGUUCGCAAGCUCCAGACGGGUGGACCCGACGGUGAUCUUGGGUCGAACGAAAUUCUCCUGGGCAACGAACAGUACACUGCUAUCGUUGAUGGCGCUGGUGUCCUUGUUGACCCGAACGGUUUGGACCGGGACGAAUUGGUGCGCCUUGCUAAGCAGCGCUCCAUGAUCAACCAAUUCGACACCGCCAAACUCUCCUCUGCGGGAUACCGUGUCCUGGUGGAAGACAACAAUGUCAAGCUCCCGUCUGGAGAGGUUAUCAACAACGGCACAAUGUUCCGGAACACCUUCCAUCUGCGUGGCGGUCUGCCGUACGAUGUCUUCGUGCCAUGCGGUGGUCGCCCCGAGUCAAUUGACCUUAGCACGGUCGGCAAGCUCAUUGUGGAUGGCAAGGCCGUCAUUCCAUAUAUUGUCGAAGGAGCGAACCUCUUCAUCACUCAGGAUGCGAAGCUCCGCCUUGAAAAAGCCGGUUGCAUUGUGUACAAAGACGCGUCUGCCAACAAGGGAGGUGUCACGUCCUCCUCAUUGGAAGUUCUCGCCUCUCUGUCUUUCGACGACGCAGGUUUCAUUGAGAACAUGUGUAUCCGUGAAGACGGCAGUGCGCCGCAGUUCUACGAUGACUACGUCAAGCAGGUGCAGGAGACCAUCAAGAACAACGCUGCUCUUGAAUUCGAGGCUAUCUGGAAGGAGCACCAAGCGACGGGUGAACCUCGCAGCAUCCUCAGCGACAAGCUUAGUGUUGCCAUCACAAAGCUAGACGAGGAGCUGCAGAACACGGAGCUGUGGGAUAAUGUUGAGCUGCGCAAGUCUGUCUUGAGCGAUGCUCUGCCCAACCUUCUCCUGGAAAAGAUCGGACUCGAUACUAUCAUUGGUCGGGUUCCCGAGAACUAUUUGCGCGCCAUCUUUGGCAGUUACCUUGCCAGCCGCUUCGUGUAUGAGUAUGGCAUCUCCGCCAGCCAGUUUGCUUUCUUCGCCUUCAUGAACAAGAGGAUGGCUCGCCUUCGGGCUUGAUCAAGACGCACGUGUGUCGUAUGGCUUGUUCAUAGAGAAGACGGGGGUUAUCAGUGCAUGUAUUUGAACUGGAAGUAAGACAAAGCUUCCACGGUCGACAAAAGCAUUAUGCAUAAUUGAAUCAAAGAAUUUCUUGGCAAAGGGAUAAACCAGCAUUUGCCUUUCGG